CUGCGUUAACACUGCAGCCUAAAGUGACCCAAUUCCGACUUUUUGUCAAAUCCGAUUUUUUUUCUUUUUUGCCCUGGUCGUUCAUACUUCCAAAUGUGACUUGUAUGUGAUCUCCGGUGUGAACUGCAAACGACCUGAAAGUGUCUCGAAUGCGCAGUAGAGGGCGCAAUAACGCUAGAGAGCGUGCUCAGUGUUUUCCCAACCGCCAUAAAGAAGCCGUGGUCAGUGUUUGCGGAAGUAAACGUGGACGCUAACGGUGGAGCAUAGCUUACGACUUUGAAGAUGUUGUCCGACAGGAGCCAGCACGUUAACAACUUAAUCCAAAUUAUGGUCCGCCAUGGUUGUUGUUUAUCUUCCCGCUUGCGCGUAUGAGGGCGCAGAAAAGUGACGUUUGUCGAGUAUCAGUGACGUUCAGUUCGGAUGACCUGGACGUUAGGUCACAUUUGAAUCGGAUACAAAUUGGAUAUCCAAGUGGACUGGGUCGCAUUCGAAAAGAAUCUGACCUGUGUUGUUCAGACUGUCAUGAAAAGAUACAGGUCGCAUUAAGGGAAAAAAUAAAUAAAAAAUCGGAAAUGGGUCACUUCAGGCUGCAGUGUGAAUGUAGCUUAGUAAGCCAUUUAUCGAUCAAGCUGCUGUUUCUUUCCGUCCAACGCCGCCUGACCGGACCGUGGAGGAUUGUCGAUCUGUAUGGAUGAAGAUGAACACGAUCAGAGUUCGCCUCUAGCUCUGCUACCUGUCCUCUGAGAUGCUCUCGUAGAGAACUUUCUCUCCUGCACGCUCACUUACAUGCUGACGAGGAUCCAGCCCUGCACACACACACACACACACACACCACCACCACCACCACCUAUCAGUGCAGGCGAGCAGCUCUGUUCGUACUGGUGUGUGCAGCGAGGAGCUGUAUUUCACUCCCCAUCCGCAGCAGCAGGACAGCUCCACAGGAGUGCGGUUGUCACCAGACAUCACACAGCAGCUCAAGCAAGUGGGACUGCCAUGGAGGACACCCUCACCUGCAGCCAUGCCACCUUCUCCCAGGUGUUUGGACGCCAGGGGCAGCUCAUGCAAGCCACUGUCCAGUCUCUGAACAGCCUGAAUGACCAGAUCGCUCAGUUCAUGGUGACCCGACCCUGCAGUCUGGCUGAUGAGGAGGAGGCCUUCAUCCCCGGAGAGAGGGACACCCUCAGGAAGUCCAUGACCCUGAUGAGACACCUGCUGAUGGACGCUCAGGGGAAAAUCCUUAAAAUGAUGGACGACAACAAGCAGCUGGCACAGAGGAUCGAUGGGGCCAUCCAGUCAGCGAGUCAGGAAGUGACCAACCUCCGAUCYGAGCUCUCCGCGACCAGCCGCAAACUGGCAGAGCUGGGCGCCAGCAGCCCCCCGGCGCUGGAGAACCACCUCCAGCACAACCACCACGAUGACAGCCUCCGCUACAGGGAUCCUUCGGUGCAUCACAGGCAGAAGACGAUGGUGACGGACAUGUGCUACCCGACAGAGAUAUCCAGCCUGAUGGACUUUGGCACUGCAGACUGCUCGCUAGGCAAAGCGCUGCUGCGAGAGGAGGUGGUCCAGCUUCAGGAGGAGGUCCACCUGCUGAGGCAAAUGAAGGACAUGUUGAGCAAAGACCUGGAGGAGACGCAGGGCGGCUGCUCCGCCAACCUGCUGUCUGCCACCGAGCUCCGGGCCCAGCUGGGUGACAGGGAGCAGGAGCUGGACCGCGCCAAGGAGGCCUUACAAGCCAUGAAAGCGGACAGGAAGCGGCUAAAAGUGGAAAAAUCAGAGCUGGUGAAUCAGAUGCAGCAGCUGUACACGACACUGGAGAGCAGAGAGGAGCAGCUGAGGGAGUUCAUACGAAACUAUGACCAGCACAGAAAGGAGAGCGAGGAUGCGGUGAAAGUCCUGGCGAAGGAGAAGGAUGUUCUGGAGCGGGAGAAAUGGGACCUGAGGAGGCAAACCAAAGAAUCCACGGAGCAGGCCAACAUGCUGCGCUCUCAGAUUGACAUGAAGGAGAACAGGAUUAAGGAGCUGGAGGCCGAGCUCACCAUGGCCAAGCAGUCUCUGGCCACGCUGACGAAAGACGUCCCCAAACGUCACUCGCUGGUGGUGCAGCCGGAGCCGCUGGUGAACGGCAGCCAGGAGUGGGUGAUGCAGGCCGACCUGCCGCUCACCGCCGCCAUCCGGCAGAGCCAGCAGACGCUCUACCACGGACACAACGCUGACCGGCAGGCUGUGGUCAGGAUCAGCCCCUGCCACACUCGCCAGCCGUCUGUGAUCUCCGACGCCUCAGCAGCUGACGGGGACCGCUCGUCCACACCCAGCGACAUCAACUCACCUCGUCAUCGGACGCACUCCCUCUGUAACUCCAUGGAAGACCUAGAAGACCAGAAGCGUAAGAAGAAGAAGGACAAGAUGACUCUGGGAUCUCUGUCACGGGUUUUCACCCGAGGAAAGCAGCGCAAGUCACUGGACCCCGGCUUGUUUGAUGGUACAGCCACCCCUGAUUAUUACAUAGAGGAGGAUGCCGACUGGUGAAGCUGAAUGAGUGUGUGUGUGUGCGUGUGCGUGUUUGUGUGUGUGUGUGUGUGUGUGUGUGUGUGUGUGUGUGUGUGUGUGUGUGUGUGUGUUACAUGUGGACAUCCCCAUGUUUUAACUGUGUGUCUGGAGGAAGGAGAUGGAGGAUUUUGAUGAAAACAGAGACUGCUGUUGCCGUAAAUGUACAGUACACAACCCAAGAAAAAUGUAUGUUUGUAAAUUAAAUAUAUAUAUUUAUAGUUGUACAUGUAUGCAUAUGUAUAUAUGUUUACAUGCAUAUAAAUAUAUAUACAGGGUUAUUACAAUGAGUAGACAUGUUUAUGCUGUAUUAUCUUCUAAAUGUCUUCAUGUUUUAUGUUUUUUUUUUAUAAAUAGAGACUUGAAGGACUGCUGUUUAUAUGUACAUAUAGGAGCUAUUGUGAAAAAUAGUGUUUAAAUGUUAAUGUUAUCUGGGUUUUGUUACUCUAUACUUGCUUUCAUCAUGGUUUGCAGCAUUUAUUUCUCCUUUUUUUAUUGCCAGUUUUUAAAUCUUUUUCCUGCAACACAUCAGGAAGCAUUAGAAGAAAGCUUUGGGACUUUAUGUUGAUCUGCUUCGUGUUCAUUCAUAUUACACUGUGUGCAGCAGGGAGGGGUUUGAAGAUCUCCUGCAUUUUAUACUGAAAACGAUUAGGGAUGUCCCGAUCGAUCAUUUCAGGUGAAACUUGAAAUGGCCAACAAUUUUCUCUGUUGCUGCCGUUCCUCUACCGCUGUGAGAUGAGAAACCCAGGUCAACUAGAUGAAAUUUGAGGAAAAUUUCAAAAUCAAAAGUUUCUGAACUCGGGCGUCAAAGCAGAAAACAGCUCAGCCCUGGAUUGUGAAAAAACUCAUAGUAUUUAUAGCUUUAUUUUGUCAUAUAAUGCCAGACUAAAACCAAUGAGAACCAGUCCCAUACAAGUACAUUUUUCUGAAAAACACCAGUAAUGCAGAUUGCCAUUGCAGUUAAUGGCAGUUAGCGAGAGGUUGCGCAAUCCCAGCUGAGGCUCAGCUCGCUGCUGCCUCACCGGCUUCACUUCUGAGCAUUUG